CCCGUCAUGGCGCCACGAAGUGUCAUCCUUGAUCGCAAUUUCAUGAACAAAUACGACAAGAACUUGGUAGCCAGCCUUGCAGUAGCUGAAAACGAGGAACAGCUGAUCAACCAGGACAAACGCAUCAUCGUCAAGACUUGCACGUACUGCAAGAGAAUGGCCCCUGUGACCCUGCGGAGCUGCAAGCUUUGCAAGGCCGUUCGUUACUGUGAUGAGCAGUGCCAGAGGGCCGACUAUCGAACGAACCACCGACGCGUGUGUGCCGAAUUCGUAAAUGCUCCGCGGACUCGGGCCUUCAGAACGCAUCUCAUCGGUCCCGAGGAAUAUCCGCACUCGCCCAUCUUCGCUCAAGGGGAUAACGACGGUCUCGGGGUCUGGAUCAGUACCGGCAACAAGGUCGGCUGCGAGGCUCAGAAACUCUCAAAGAACCUCGUACCGCUGAAAAAUGGGGACCCCAGUUAUACGGCCCGAGUGAACAUGAUACUCGACCAGCCGAAGGAGCUCCAUCGCGCGUCGAAGCAGGACCUGACGACCUUACAGGUCUGCCUCCAAAACCGUCGUAAAGACGGCGUCCCUAUUUUGGUCUUUGGAGCAGGCAGUCAGCUUGUCACUUAUGCCUCUUCGACUCGUGUGGCUCUCCGCGGCCAAGUCGACUCUCAGGACAACAUCACGACCUUCAUUCGCGAUGGCAACAAGCUCGCUGCGAUUGGUGUAGUCAAAGACCCAUGGACCCAAGCGCCACGAGUUCACGUCGUCCACAUGAAUGGGAAAAGCGCCAACCUCCCGCCAUACCCGUCGAUCUUGAAGGAUCCUACCGAGGCCAUCGUCGCCCUCUAUCCAGGAGACUACGCAGUCAUGUCCCUCCAAUUCCGCACCGGGGAUGGAAAGACUAUCACGAAGGACUGGCAGGCCUUCAAGCUCCUCGAUCACGUCAUCAUACCCUUCAUGCAGUGGGAUGGCACCUUCCGCCCGGAAACCCUAGCUUCCUCCCUCCCUCCGGCUUAUACCCUCCCAGACGUUUCUUCGUCGAAACUACCAAAAGCGAAAUACGUCGUUGCUUCUUUCAACCAAAGUGCCAUCUGGAAGCACUACUGGGACGCGAUCAAACAUGGGGACGACGUCUUCCUCAGGACGCAUAACGGAGACGUGCACGCCGCGAUGAAUAGCAGCAUGACCAGGGCGCAAGAGGCGCUAACGGAAGCCACCCUCCGUCUCGUGGACCUCCCGGAGUCCGCGAGGAACGAAGAAUGGUGCGAUAAGAUGAAGUCGUCGCUGGCGGGUCUGUUGUGA